UUUUAUUAUGGCGCGGGAAGCGGUUUAACCCGGAAGUGAUGUUUUUUUUUACAUGCUAAUGUCGACAAUCCAUCCGCAAAAUAUCAGGAAAUAUAAAAAGUAAUACGGAGUAAAUGGUGUCCUGUCAUGACGUGUGAUAUGUCCACAGUGCCUAAUACGAAGUUGCCUUAGUCCAGGACAAAAGCGCCCAGGAUGGCUCUGAUCGAGGGCGUGGGCGAUGAGGUCACUCUGCUCUUCGGAGUCGUGUUCCUCUUGCUUGUCCUGGUCCUGGCCUGGGCCUCCACGCACACGUCCGAGCCGCCUGAGCACCUUGUCCCAUCCAACCCGGGCUCCGUCCCCUCGGCAGAGCCCGAGAGCCAAGAGACUCAUCCCCCUGGUGAAAUUCCCUCUCCACCUCACAGCUCCAGAGAAGAUGAUAAGACUGAUGCAGGAGCCGAGAGAGGAGCCGAGGGACGUGGGGGCAGUGCAGAAGCUGCAGGAGAAGACAGUCUGUUGGGAGCAGACGGUCUGAGACACCGAGACGUAUCGGGGCCUUUACUCAGCACUCAGCCAUCAGCCAGUGCCUCGAGCGACACACAGGCUCCCACGUCUGAAGAUGUGCCCAAUAACACAGAGAGAAACAUGGUACUGAGGCUGAAGUUUCUGAACGACACAGAAGUAAUAGCACAGGUCAACCCAGAGGACAACAUCGGCUACAUUAAAAGGACCUACUUUGCUGGCCAGGAGCACCAGGUGCGUCUGAUCUACCACGGACAGAUUCUCCAGGACGAUGCCCAGACUCUGGCCUCCCUCAACCUCGCUGAUAACUGCGUCCUGCACUGCCAUAUCUCUCAGCACGCCACGCGGGCAAUGCCCGCUGGUGCUCGCACUGCCGACCAGGUGCAUGUAGCUCUGAAUGUGGGGAGCCUGAUGGUCCCUCUGUUCGUGCUCAUGCUCUCCGUGCUCUGGUACUUCCAGUUUCAGUACCGCCAGUUCUUCACCGCCCCUGCCACCGCUUCGCUCGUUGGCAUUACCAUUUUCUUUAGUUUUGUCGCGUUCGGGGUGUACCGUCGUUAAUUACUAGAGCUUCACCUGACACACGUACACUUAGCCUACAGGCGCACGCACACCUACACGUACCAGUACCACUGUACACCGCUUCUGGGAAGUUUCGACACUCUCGGGUUUGUUGAAGGCUUAUAAUUUCAGAAAGGUCUUAUUUUCUCUACCGUAGUCACAUCUCAUCUCGUAGUCACAUCAGGUUUAUGCUCGUAUCACUCAGCAGUGUGCUCUAUAUUUAAUUUUUAGGUUUUUUAUUAUUAUUUAGAAAUGCUCAUAGUGCCUAUCUUAAUAUUAUUUUUGCUCCUUUUUUUUGGCUUUACAGGCUGCCAGUGUGUAGCUGGUGCUCACCGAUGGGAGGGUUUGGUAGUCACAUGACUGUUCAAACUGUCAGGCAGGUUAUUCUGUCUCUUGUCUGUCUGUCUCUCUGUCACUGUUAAAGAGUAGAGCAGACAGCGCUGCUGAUGUAUGUCAGGACUAUUGAAGUACUUUGUGUAAAAAAAAAAAAAAAAGCAUUUUGAAACAAAGACAUAAUCUAUUAAAUCAUUCUUUUAUUUA